AGCUCGUCCCCGCUGCUCCGUCCCCAUUCAAGGUGCGGCUGAGGAACAGGUGCGAGGAUCCCCGAGAGCAAGAGAAUCCACAUCUGCUUCAUCUCCGAACAAGAUUCAAAGAGACGAGCACCAACUAAACACAACUCAAGAAGCGAGCCAGUGAGCAGCAGAGAGACUUCCACUACAUCCGGUGAGGAGCGGGGGGUUUGUACCUCCACAGCAGGUGAGCGACUCUUGAUCGAGGAAGAAGAAAAGAAGAAGAAGAAGAAGAAAAUGGCCAACUCCGGGCUCCAGAUCCUGGGAUUCGUCCUGUCUCUGCUGGGAGUCAUCGGACUCAUCAUUGGGACCAUUCUGCCCCAGUGGAAGAUGUCCGCGUACGUCGGGGACAACAUCAUCACGGCGGUGGCCAUGUACGAGGGGCUGUGGAUGUCCUGCGCCUUCCAGAGCACCGGGCAAAUCCAGUGCAAAGUGUACGACUCCAUUCUGCAGCUGAACAGUGCCCUCCAGGCAACCCGCGCCCUCAUGAUCGUUAGCAUCAUCGUAACGCUGGCUGGUCUGGGUGUAGCGUGCAUGGGAAUGAAGUGCACCAACUGUGGAGGAGAUGACAAAACACGCAAGUCCCGCAUCGCCAUGACCGGUGGCAUCGUCAUCCUGAUUGGAGGUAAGAGGGCCUUAAAUGAGUCACUGUUUUUAUUUUGUCCCUGGAUUUGUAAGAGGUUCAGUAUUAAUGCUCUUCACUCUCUUACAGCUUUGUGUUCCGUAAUUGCCUGCUCUUGGUACGCUCAUGACAUCAUCCAGGCCUUCUACAACCCUUUCACCCCUGUCAAUACCAAGUACGAGUUUGGGUCUGCCAUAUUUAUCGCCUGGGCUGGAGCUUUCCUGGCCGUAGUGGGAGGCUGCAUGCUGGCAGCAUCUUGCCCACGGGGCAAAUCCACACCAAAGUAUCCCAUCUCCAGACCCCCCAGCAGCAAGGAAUACGUUUGAACGGGACUGGGACUCAAAAAAAGGACACUUUGACAUUUGUGCUCGUCCAACUCUGAGAUUUUAACGUUGAAAAAUAUGUACCCCAGCUGGAUGCGAUCAGCACCUGUUUUGUAUUUUAGUUUCUUCAGGGCUCCCUGUGAUGUUACUGUAAUAUUAUUUUAACAGACGCAUUAAAGUUUUUAAAUAUUAGCAGUUUACUUCUAAGAAUGCGCUCACUGUCUUUGCCUUGUCUGAAACUGCAUAGAGAUACACAAUCCAGCUGACACCUGAAAAGCACUAAGUUGUUCAACUGGUAUACAGUACAUAUUUCCACAUGCUACAGUGUGCUGUGCAUUAUUAGAGAAUGCAUUGUGUUUUUAAAAUAGUUUGAAUGCACUGAACAGAGAUCAGAUACGUCAGUGGUCAACUCUACAGCCAUUUUACUUCUGUGUAGGCUACAUGCAAAACAUAACAAUGUGCUCCCAUUUAUUUCUAUGUUUGUGCCCUCUUUAUAUGAACAAGACAAUCACUCAACAGUUUAGACUAGUUUUUUAAACAAAAUGCUCCAGUGAAACUUUAAAUAUAUAAAUCACAAAUUACUGUUUCCUUUUUAUUUCCAUAAUCACACGGCGUGAGAAAUGUUGCGAACCAUUACUCAACUCGUUCUGCCAUGAUUACUGUCUGUGUAAAAUGGGUGUGACUCACAUUUAUGUUUUUUUUAUUUUAUUUACCAUAGCUAUUGCUGCACUCAUCAAAUUCUCAGUUUUUAAAAAUGUUUUAACUUGUGAUUUGCAAUGUCUUUUUGUUGUACAUAAAAUAAAAGUUAAAAAUA